AUGGCUGAUGUUGCUGACUUUGCGGAGGACACAUUCGACCCGAUCACCUGGAUUAACCAGGCGUGCGGGUCACGGCCCGUGGAAGAGCCGCUGGAAAAAUUUCUUGCAGAGCUGGAGAUGAGGCUUCAGCUGAGCGCUGAAGAUAUAGAGGCGACACUCAGCGACAACAGCGCUCAGGCCAUGCGACGCAUACCCUUCGCCAUUCAGGAGAUCUACAGACUCCAAGGUGACAUACAGGGCAUGCAGGAUCAAGUCCAGGUGAUGGCGCAAACAGUCCAGCGCGACGCAACGGAAGCCCAAUCAAGCGUGGCGCACAUCUCGGAGCUUCACCGCGUGAAAGCCAACAUGGAGAGCGCUUGCAACUCACUCAAGCAGGCCACCGAACUGUCAGGGUUGUUCGUCAAGGUGGAGGACGUGUUUGCGGCUGGCGACCUGCCCAAGGUGGCAGAGAUUUUGGCCUCCAUGCGGCGUAGCCUUAGCCUGGUCGGAGAUGUGCCCGAGUUUCGCGCAGGUCGCCAGAAGCUGCGUGCACUGGAGGACCGGCUGCAGACGCAAGUGGAGGGAAGCCUAGGGGAGGCCCUGGCGCGUGGCAGCGACGACGACAAUACACGCAAGCUAUGCGGAUUGCUUCUGGCGGUGGACAGGUGCCUGGGGGGAGGGCCGGCCUGGGUGGGAGGGAUGCAUUGCUGCGGCGGCGGCGGCGGCAGCGGCCCUGGUAUGGACACAGUUUGCUCGCUGCACGUUUUCCGUGGAAAAAUAGUACGUGUGUGCUUGCCUUACAGGUACGGCACCAUUGAGAGCCUGUACGUCUCCACCAAGCUGGCGCAGGUACAUGCCCUCUGGGAGGAGCACUCGGCCGCUGGUGGCGGCGCGGAUGCCGUGGUGUCAUGGCUGCCGGCAUUCCUGUCGCGGCUGCUUGCGCUGCUACAGGGGGAAGCUGCCUGGGGGGCGGGGGUGCUCCCGGGUCAGGCGCCCGCGUUGCUGGGUGCCCUGAGCAUGGAGGUAUUUGUCAAGAUCAGCAAGGCUGUUCGCGACCGUUUGGCUCCUGUGUGUUCGAUCGGGCCAUUGGCGGUGCUGGCGCGGGAACUGAGCGCCUUUGGUCGGGGGUUGCAUGAGCUGCUGCGGGAUGUGGAGGCGGGCAGGAGAAUGGAAAUCAUACAACUGGUGUACGGCCCGCUAGAGGACAAGGUGGCGGCGUACGGCGAGCUGGAGGCGGCACAGCUGGGGGCCGAUCUGCGGUCAGCGCUGCCGCCAUCGCCGCCGCCGUUGGCCGCGCGUGGGCCCCCCAACGUUGCCGCCGCUGCUCCGGAGGACUCCGAGGCUGUCGUGUCGCGAAUGGCUGCUUCCAUAAGGCCCGCGUUUGCCGCACUGCAUGCCGCAGUGGAGAGGUGCAAUGCCCUGACGGGGGGAACUGAGGUCCGGGCCCUGCUCAAGGCCGUGGAUUCGGAGCUCACCUCCUACCUGACCUCCAUGCAGUCCGCGGUGGCAAGACUGGGCGCAAGGCAGAAGGAUCGAGCCGCCAAGACAGCGGCGGCGGCGGCCGGGUCGGGUGGCGGUGCUGCUGGGGCGGCGGCAGUGGAGGACGCUGAGGACAUUGCCACCGUGCUGCAGCUCAUCAAGGUCGGUCGUGAGUUAUCAGCGGCAGUGGGCCGUCUGGAGGCGGCGCUGCGAACAGCUGUCGGUGCAGCCGUGGGCCGCCUACAGGCGCUGACGGGUGCCGCGCCGCCGCCGUCAGCAUCGGCGUCGGCCGCAGGCGGUACGCCGUUCUCCAACGCCGCGGCGGCCGUAGGCAGCGUUCCUUACAUGCUGCCCGGAGAUGCUGAGGCCGACCCCUUGGCUCUACGGCUCGUUGCCAACAAGGGCGAGCGGCUUGCCAAGUUAAGCAAGCUGGGCGCGAGCCUCAGCGACCCACGGUUCAUCUUGCUGCCGUCGGCAGUGUCCCAAAUGGACGUCUUCUCUUCCACUGUGCAGUCCACCGUGUUCGAUGUGUUGCUGGCGCGCGUUGCUUCACUGCUGGCGCCGCUGCCAUCACUGCCGGAGUGGCGUAAGGCAGCGGGCGCCGACCCCGGCACAGCCGCCGCACCGUUGCCGACCUUCAACACGUACCCAUUGCCGUACGUGACUGCCAUCGGCGACCAUCUUAUGGCCAUGCCGCAGCAGCUGGAGGUGCUCAUGGGCGAUACGGCUGACGAGGCUGCGAGUGGCGUUACUAUCGGAACCGCCGCCGCAGUGUCAGCGGACGGCAGCGGCGCUGGCAGCGGCGAUCCCACUGCAGAGUGGGAGGAGCUGGCUGCUGAAUGGCUGGACAAGGCCGUCAGCGGCGCGGCGGGCAUGUACGCGGACACCAUCUUCAAGAUUCCAACUUUGACGGAACAGAGCCAUCCCAGGAUUGUGUUAAGAAUCCGUAUGGGACGUCGGAAAUCGGAAGGGCGCGCGCGUGUUUGUGACCGUCGAAGGGCUACCGCUGCUCCCCCGUCACUUUUUAUUCCCGAGAUUGUUUUUGUGCAAAAGGGGACAAUAGCAACAAUACAUAUACUGAUUUGCAUUCCUGCGUAUGCCACACCCUCUUUCCCUGCGAGUCUUUUCCUGAACUCCAUUUCCCGUGGAACGGCCCGAAUUGUUUUGGAUUGUAUUUUAUGGCUUCAGGGCGGCUGCCAGCUGGCCACUGACGUGGAGUACUUUGUCAACGUGAUGGGCGCCCUGCAUGUGGCGCCGCCGCCCAGCCUGCUGACGGUGCAGCUGCUGGCAGGGGCUGCAUCGGAGGAGUUUGGGGAGCUGGCGCAGGGGGCCCUGGCGGAGGGCGCUGUGGACGUGCCGGCCCUGCGGGCGCUGGCAGCCAUGCGGCACCUGCAGCUGGAGACACCAGCACCAUAAGGCCCUCGUGCCCCCCAGGCGGCGCUAGAUGUUAAGACGGGUGGUAGCGGCUGCCUAACGUGCACGGCUGGCGCGUGUAUCCGUGGAGAUUGUGUAUCGGUGUGUGUGUAUGUGUGUGCAUAUGACAAGAGCGACAGCAACGGCACAAAAAGGUGCUUGAUGUGACCGCUGUUGCGCGAGUUGGUUGCUUCGUUUGUGGUGUGGCGGUCUGGUGGGUGGCUUGUGGGUUGAGAUGCUUAUAGUGGUUAAUGUUUGUUGCUGGCGCAGAAGCAGGGUAGGGUCAGAGCUAUACCCUCAUAAUGGCGAUAAGGCCGGGACCUGCAGGGCGGGCUUGGUUGUGAGCGAGGAGGGGGAGGGCGUGUGCCGAGCGGGAGGGCGCUCUGGCCGCAGCACCUGGCUUACUGCGCGCCGGAAAGGGGCGGGUCUUUGGGACAUUGAUCCGGAGCAACCUAAAACUGGGCCAUGGGCCUGGAAGGGACCUAAAAAAGGGGUUGAAUGGCAACUAUUGUAAGGUCUCCGC